AUGUGGUGGAGUUGCUUUCAUUGUAUUUUAACCAAGCCAUUGUUUUCCUCUGUUUCAGGAUCUAGAUUUCUCAUCACAUCCACGGGAGCCUUGUAUAUUAAAGAUGUACAGAAUGAAGAUGGAUUGUAUAACUAUCGCUGCAUCACACGGCAUCGAUACACUGGAGAGACGAGACAGAGCAACAGCGCGAGACUUUUUGUAUCAGACCCAGCGAACUCAGCCCCAUCCAUCCUGGAUGGGUUUGACCAUCGCAAAGCCAUGGCUGGGCAGCUUGUGGAGCUGCCUUGCAAAGCACUUGGGCACCCUGAGCCAGAUUACCGCUGGCUGAAGGACAACAUGCCCCUGGAACUUUCAGGGAGGUUCCAGAAGACCGUGACGGGGCUGCUCAUUGAGAACACUCGCCCCUCGGAUUCAGGCAGCUAUGUGUGUGAAGUGUCCAACAGAUAUGGAACUGCUAAGGUGAUAGGCCGCCUGUACGUGAAACAGCCACUGAAAGCUACCAUCAGUCCCAGGAAGGUUAAAAGCAGUGUGGGUAGCCAAGUUUCCUUGUCCUGCAGCGUGACAGGAACUGAGGACCAGGAACUCUCCUGGUACCGCAAUGGUGAAAUCCUCAACCCUGGAAAAAAUGUGAGGAUCACAGGGAUCAACCACGAAAACCUUAUAAUGGAUCACAUGGUCAAAAGUGACGGGGGCGCAUACCAGUGCUUUGUGCGCAAGGACAAGCUGUCCGCUCAAGACUAUGUGCAGGUGGUCCUUGAAGAUGGAACUCCCAAAAUUAUUUCUGCCUUUAGUGAAAAGGUGGUGAGUCCAGCAGAGCCGGUGUCCCUCAUGUGCAACGUGAAGGGGACACCUUUGCCCACGAUCACUUGGACACUGGACGACGACCCGAUUCUCAAGGGUGGCAGUCACCGCAUCAGCCAGAUGAUCACGUCGGAGGGGAACGUGGUCAGCUACCUGAACAUCUCCAGCUCCCAGGUCCGGGACGGGGGAGUCUACCGCUGCACUGCCAACAACUCGGCGGGAGUCGUCCUGUACCAGGCUCGAAUAAACGUAAGAGGGCCUGCAAGUAUUCGACCAAUGAAAAACAUCACAGCAAUAGCUGGACGGGACACAUACAUUCACUGUCGUGUGAUUGGUUAUCCGUAUUACUCCAUUAAGUGGUACAAGAACUCGAACCUGCUUCCUUUUAACCACCGCCAAGUGGCAUUUGAGAACAAUGGAACUCUUAAACUUUCAGAUGUGCAAAAGGAAGUGGACGAGGGGGAGUACACGUGCAACGUGUUGGUUCAACCACAACUCUCCACCAGCCAGAGCGUCCAUGUGACCGUGAAAGUUCCACCUUUCAUACAACCCUUUGAGUUCCCAAGAUUCUCCAUUGGGCAGCGUGUCUUCAUCCCAUGUGUUGUGGUCUCAGGGGACUUACCCAUCACGAUCACCUGGCAGAAGGACGGCCGGCCAAUCCCUGGGAGCCUUGGGGUGACCAUUGACAACAUUGACUUCACAAGCUCCUUGAGGAUUUCCAAUCUCUCCCUGAUGCACAAUGGGAAUUACACCUGCAUAGCCCGAAAUGAGGCUGCCGCUGUGGAGCACCAAAGCCAGUUGAUUGUGAGAGUUCCUCCCAAAUUUGUGGUUCAGCCACGGGACCAGGACGGGAUUUAUGGCAAAGCUGUCAUCCUCAAUUGUUCUGCUGAGGGUUACCCGGUACCUACCAUCGUGUGGAAAUUCUCUAAAGGUGCUGGGGUUCCCCAGUUCCAGCCAAUUGCCCUAAAUGGUCGAAUCCAAGUUCUCAGCAAUGGGUCGUUGCUGAUCAAGCAUGUUGUGGAAGAAGACAGUGGCUACUACCUCUGCAAGGUCAGCAACGAUGUGGGCGCAGACGUCAGCAAGUCCAUGUACCUCACAGUUAAAAUUCCUGCAAUGAUAACAUCCUAUCCAAAUACUACCCUGGCCACACAGGGGCAAAAAAAGGAGAUGAGCUGCACAGCACAUGGUGAGAAGCCCAUUAUAGUCCGCUGGGAGAAGGAGGACCGAAUCAUUAACCCUGAGAUGGCCCGUUAUCUUGUGUCCACCAAGGAGGUGGGAGAAGAGGUGAUUUCUACUCUGCAGAUUUUGCCAACUGUGAGAGAAGAUUCUGGUUUCUUCUCCUGCCAUGCUAUUAAUUCUUAUGGGGAGGACCGUGGAAUAAUUCAGCUCACAGUGCAAGAGCCGCCGGACCCUCCCGAAAUUGAGAUCAAAGAUGUCAAAGCACGCACAAUUACGCUCAGGUGGACCAUGGGGUUUGAUGGAAACAGCCCCAUCACGGGCUACGAUAUUGAAUGCAAAAACAAAUCAGACUCCUGGGAUUCUGCUCAGAGAACCAAAGAUGUUUCCCCUCAGCUGAACUCGGCCACCAUCAUUGAUAUCCACCCUUCCUCCACCUACAGCAUCCGCAUGUACGCCAAGAACCGGAUUGGCAAGAGCGAGCCCAGCAACGAGCUCACCAUCACGGCGGACGAGGCAGCUCCUGACGGUCCACCUCAGGAAGUUCACCUGGAGCCUAUAUCAUCUCAGAGCAUCAGGGUCACAUGGAAGGCUCCCAAGAAACAUUUGCAAAAUGGGAUCAUCCGCGGCUACCAAAUAGGUUACCGAGAGUACAGCACUGGGGGUAACUUCCAGUUCAACAUUAUCAGCGUCGACACCAGCGGGGACAGCGAGGUUUACACCCUGGACAACCUGAAUAAGUUCACCCAGUACGGCCUGGUGGUGCAGGCCUGCAACCGGGCCGGCACGGGGCCUUCUUCUCAGGAAAUCAUCACCACCACUCUCGAGGAUGUGCCCAGUUACCCCCCGGAAAAUGUCCAAGCCAUAGCAACAUCACCAGAAAGCAUAUCAAUAUCCUGGUCCACACUUUCUAAGGAAGCCUUGAAUGGAAUUCUCCAGGGGUUCAGAGUCAUUUACUGGGCCAACCUAAUGGAUGGAGAGCUGGGUGAGAUUAAAAACAUCACCACCACACAGCCUUCCCUGGAGCUGGACGGGCUGGAAAAGUACACCAACUACAGCAUCCAGGUGUUGGCCUUCACCCGUGCAGGAGAUGGGGUCAGGAGUGAGCAGAUCUUCACCCGGACCAAAGAGGAUGGUGAGAAACGGGUGGACGUGCUGAUAGUAUAUAGAGCUGGGAUUGACUGUGAAAAACUCUGCCUUGGGAGCCCCAGUUACCCCAAGGGGGACACCAUGGAUCCCACUUUGCUGGUGGUACAGGACAGGGACUAUGCAGAACGGAGUGUCAAUAUUUCUUUAGGAUAA